AUGAAUAAUAGAAAUAAUCAUAAUAGAAGACAGUCUUAUCGAAAGCCUUAUUAAUCAAAUUAUUAACGAACCUAUUUUCAAAGUAAAGAAAGAGCACCUUUAAAAUAAGAUAAAUCAAUUUUAAAUGAUCCAAUAUUAUUUGACAAUCCCCCAACCAAAUAGAUUAUUCGUAUUAUCAGUAAUAAAUAAUCUGAUAAUAAAUAUAAGAAUGAGGACUUUAAACAAAAUACUGAAAGAGUCUAAACAAAUAAUAAAAAGAAAUAAUUAGAAAUUAAACACUUUAAAAAUAAUUAAGAAGACAGAAGUCCUGAAAGUGAUAGCCUUUCAAAUGACUAUUCUGAUUAAAGUGAUUAUUCAGACGAGAAUAAUAAUUAAGAUGAUGAGGAAAUGAGCGAUAAUCAAAAUAACAAAAAGAGCAAUCAGAAUGAGCAAAACGACGAAAAUGAUGAAACUGUGAAUAAAAAAAGUCAAAAAGUAUAAUUUCUAAACGAGGAGGAAAAGAAUGGAGAAAAUGGAUAUGAUAAUAAUGAAUAAGAUUAAGAAAUCGCAUAAGAUGAGGAUAAAGAUAAUUAUAAAAAACGUUAAGAUGAUGAUGAAGAAGAAGGUGAAAUAGAAGAAGAAGAGUAGUAAGAGAAUAAUUCCUAUGAAAAUAAAAAAGAUGGUAAAAAAUAGUUUGAGGAAUAUUCAGAUGAUUAUGAUCAAUCAGAAGAAAGUGAAGAUGAUUAUGAUGAUAAUGAAGAUGAUUAUGAUGAUAAUGAUAAUAAUGAUGAUGAUAAUGAUGAUAAUGAUGAUGAUUAUGAUGAUCAAGAUGGCUAUGAUGAUGAAAUCGAAGAUAGAGUAUAACCGCCAGCAAGACAACCAAGAUUAGCUGAUAGCGCAAAAAGGAUGUUGGCUUUUGAAAUGAAAAGAAUAACACGAGCGUUACCUCAAGGGUUUGCACAAAACACUGUAAAAGUAGAUAGCAGUAAAAGAACAACAGAAUAAUUUAACAAUUAAUAAUAAAAUUAAACAAAUGAUCUAAGGCAAAUAUAAAAAAAAGAAUAGAUUAAUGCAAAGCUUAUUGCAAAAAAGUAAGAAUUAUCAUUAAAAAACAGUCAAUAAUAAUAACUAUAAAAAUAACCAUAGCAAUAACAAUAGCAAUAUUAAUAUCAAUAGUAAUAACAAUAUUCAUAGAAAUAAUAUAAUUAAGAACCAGAAAAUUAAUUUAAUGCAAAUAGUUGGAAAAUACCUACGUUCAAUUAAAAUCUUUAACCCAUAAAAUUUAAUUUUGAAGCAAAAACACUAUAAUAUUUAUGCGAAACGAAAUGGAAAGAAUAUUAAUUCAUAGAUGAUAUGUGCACUCAACAAAAUAUUUAAGAUGCUCUCAAUCUUAAAAUGUUUGAUAGCACAUUUGAAGUUGAUUAGAACUAUGAAUUAAAUACUUCCUUAAUUGUGAAAUAAUAUAUACGACCCAAUUAAGGAAAAAAAGAAACGGUAUUUAGAUCAGAUGUAGGAAUGAUGUAAUCAAUCAAAAGAUUGCAUAUGAUAUUUUGUGACAGAUAGAAACGAAAAAAAGAUGGCAAGUUAGUGAGCAUUGUGGAAAUCUUUUAAUACAUUUCUGAUAGAUUUAGGGCUUUAAGCACAGAGUUAAAACAAAUAGAAUCAAAAAAUAGUAAUAUUUAUAUAUUUAGGAUCCAGUAUCUCGAAUAGCUAAGUAAAAUAAUUUAGUUGUUAAAUAGUCCGAAUAUAUCUGCUGUCAUAUUUAGAAAUGAUGUAGGCAGAUUAAAGUUGGCCAGUUCUGUAGGAUAAUAAAAAUAACUGUCAUAAGUAUUUGCUUGAUGCACUUGAUGAUUUAGCGAUCGAUUAUAAAAAACUAUUUAAUGAGAUGUAUUUAAUCAGUCGAUUAAUAAUUAUAGCAACGAAAGUAGAUUUUAUUUGUUGGACAAUCUGCCAGAGUUUAUUUCGUAUUACCAUAUUAUGCUGAGUUAAAAGAUUCUCUCCACUAACUCGAUUAUAAAGUUGGCAAAUUUGGAUAAUAUAAUCUUUUCAGAAUUUAAUUAUUUUGAUAAAUUAAUUAAGACACCUGAAUAUUAAUUUAGCCAGUUGGUGAAGGAAUACUUAAUAUAGAAAAAUUAUAGUGCUUUGCUAGAUCUUGGAUAAAAUAGUAACAUUACUUUAUUUUAACAAUUUUUUAUAUAUUUAUUUUAAGAUUAAAUAGAACAAUACAUCGACAAAUUUAAUCAACAGAUAUUUCAGUAUGAAAAACUUUAACUAAACUUUAUAAAUAUUGGUUCAAUAUAUCAGAAAUGGCUAUAAAUAGAUGAUAAAAUUUCCUUCAUUAAUAAAAGAGGAGAUUUUUCAAAGAUGAUCUUUGAAUAAGGCCAAAUUGAAAACAUAAACUAUUUUUUCCGUAAUGAAAAAUCUAAUCAACAGGAAAUUUAAUAAGAAAUCAUCAAACAACAAUCUUAAAAACAAGUAGAUUAACAAACUAAAAAGAUGAAAUCAUCCAUUUAAGAUAUAUUGCUUCAGUUUUGUUAAAAGUAGGUUUUAAACAAAUUUACAAAAUUUUUAGCUCCUCAUUUAGAUAAGGUUGAUGAAUAAUUGGGAAACUUUUAUAAGAUGCAAAGGAUCGUGAAACAUUGGAGAUUAUACUAAUUAACUGAAAAGAGAUACAGACAAUUUGUGGAUUUAUGCAAAUAAAAAAUUGAAAAAAAUGUUAAAAAAUAAAUAAAAAUAGUUGAUCAAUCUAAUUUUAGAAUAGAUUUAUCAAGAAAACUAAUCCAACAAAAUCCUACUUAAAAAAAUCAAUAUUAUAAGAUUGUCAUUUUAAACAAUGAUGAACAAUAACAAGAAUUGGUUUCGAAAUUAGUCUUUAGUUUAUGCGAUUAAUAGCUUUCAGGAUAGGAUGAUUCGAUAAUCAUUGAAUAGAAAGUAGUUUACUAAAAAAGUGAAUAUAUUUUGUACAUGAGCAUUUAGAUUAUAUCAUCAUUAUAGAAAGAACGGACAUGUGGAGCUGACAUAUACAUUGCUAUUGGAGAUGUUCUAAAUGUAAAUGUUGGCAAACCCUGUUUAUAAAUAGUUUUUGAUUAGAAAAACAAAAUUGAAAAUCAAGGGACCUUAUAAUUGGACUAUGAAUACAUUUAAUUGUUUGAUAAACUUUAUGAAAGCUAUGAAUUUAAUAACAAAUUAAACGAAAUAGUCAAUAUGGGGUUAAAAAGUAGGAAAGUAGUAGAGGAUUUGAAAUUAAUUUCUUUGGGUGAUUAUCUGAAAGAAAUAAAAAAAACAGAAUGUCAAGGCUAUAAGAAGGAUUAAAUUGAAUAUUUUAUUACUAGAUGUGUUCAGGCAGAAUUAUGCCUGGAAGAUGCAUUAAAUAAUAAUAUCUAUUCAGACGAUUUACCUUAAGAACUUCUCUUUGAUAGAUACGUAGAUCAGGAACUCAUUUUAAAAUACGUCGCUAAAGUACUACUUGGUUGUCAUAAUUUUAGUUCAAUCCAGCAAAUAGAUUAAUGAUACCUCUCUGCAAUUUAAUUUAGAAAAAUGCGAUAAGUGAAAGAGUAGUACUAAACCAGAUAAAAGAUUAUUUAGAAGAAUACUUGGAUGAAGAGGAAUUAUUAGAUAUACUAAAAAAUCACUUCAAAUUUGAAGGAAAUUGCCAAGGAGACUGGAAGUUGUUAUUUGAGUUCUGUAUGGAGUAGUUGGUGUAGUAUCUUGAGAAUUCUGACAUAUAUUUUGUAUUGAAAGGAACUUACAACACAAUUUUGGAUCAAAAUAAAUUGAAAGUCAGAGUUCAAAAGGAUCUAUAUCAACUACUUAAUAAGAAUUAAGUGUAACAACUGAAAAGUCAAAUAAUGUCGAAAAUAUUUAAACCUGAAUGGCUUGAUUUAAUUGAAAAUAAAAAAGUUUGCAAAUGA